GUGCAAGAUUAUCCUCUGCGAGUGUUUCCUGAGCGCCGUCAGCCUCUUCGUUUGUCCCAAAUCCCGGUUUGGGCCCGACUGGGCGCUACCAAUGGGAAAAGGCAGUUUUCUCCCAAGCGUUUAGCACGGUGCUCCACACAGGAGGAAUUGAAAAUGGCAACGCUGACCUUUGUGGAUAAAGAGAAUGGCGGAGUCGACGCUCGUGUGGCUCCUAAGGAUCGACUGAAGCUGGGCUCUGUGUCUUCGAUCAAAUCCCUAUCUGAAAGAUGCCAGACUUCAAAUUCAAAGACGGGUAAAGUUUUUGCUACAACUCCAGCUCCACCUAAAUCCGUUAGAAAGGCUCUGGGAAACGUGAACAGGACUCUGGAAACAACAGGGAAGAAAAAGGAGCCCUUCAAACAGAAAGAUCAACCGAUCCCCAUUAACAAGAUAACAGAAAAAACUGCUGAGGUUGAAAAUUGUGUUCCAGUCUCAAAUGAAACUUACCCAGAAAUAGAAAAGCUAUAUUCCUUCGAUCCCCUUGAUUUUGAAAGUUUUGAAGUACCUGAAGAACACCGACUUGCACAUCUGCCCUUGACUGGUGUACCUCUUCUGAUCCUUGACAAGGAAAAUCAUGAAAACUGUGAUGAUCUGGCCCCUUCACCUGUGAAGUUGUCCCCUCUGUCUUGGGAGGCUGCUCUGCUGAGAUCAACUUCAAGCCUUCUCUCAACAAUGGAUGAUAUGGAUUUGCCACCUGUAUGUUAUGACUUAAAUAUUUAAAUAUCUUAUUGCUGAAACAGUUUAUAAUAAUUUUAGAAAUAAAGACUAUAUUGGCUUAUA